GACAAGAGGUAUGCAGUGACUAAGAGCAGCGUGGUCCACUGUGAGUUGUGAUAGCAUUGUCCUGUGGAGCUAAGGAGCAAGAUCAGAAUGGAAGCAAGGAAAGGAAAUCAGCUGACGCAGGAGCCGGAGUGAGACCCACACAGACGCAGCCUACACCAUGAAUUCGAGUCUACCUUCUAGGCGUUGAGAGGCAAGAGCAGGCGAAGUUGCUGGAGAGCAAUGGCUCUCUUUACUCCCUGGAAGUUGUCUUCUCAGAAGCUAGGCUUUUUCCUGGUGACUUUCGGCUUCAUCUGGGGGAUGAUGCUUCUGCAUUUUACCAUCCAGCAGCGAACUCAGCCUGAAAGCAGCUCCAUGCUUCGGGAGCAGAUCUUGGACCUCAGCAAAAGGUACAUCAAGGCACUGGCGGAAGAAAACAGGAAUGUGGUGGACGGACCAUAUGCCGGCGUCAUGACAGCGUAUGAUCUGAAGAAAACUCUCGCCGUGUUAUUGGAUAACAUUUUGCAGCGCAUCGGCAAGCUGGAGUCGAAGGUGGACAAUCUUGUUAUCAACGGCACAGGAACAAACUUAACCAACUCCACCACAGCUGUUCCCAGUUUGGUAGCACUUGAGAAAAUUAAUGUGGCAGAUAUCAUUAAUGGAGCUCAAGAAAAAUGUGUAUUGCCUCCUAUGGAAGGCUACCCCCACUGCGAGGGGAAAAUCAAGUGGAUGAAAGAUAUGUGGCGUUCGGAUCCCUGCUACGCUGAGUAUGGAGUGGAUGGGUCCACCUGCUCUUUUUUUAUUUACCUCAGUGAGGUUGAAAAUUGGUGUCCUCAUUUACCUUGGAGAGCAAAAAAUCCCUAUGAAGAAGCUGAUCAUAAUUCACUGGCAGAAAUUCGUACGGAUUUUAAUAUUCUCUAUAGUAUGAUGAAAAAGCAUGAAGAAUUCCGAUGGAUGAGACUGCGGAUCCGGCGAAUGGCUGAUGCUUGGAUCCAGGCAAUCAAGUCCCUGGCAGAAAAGCAAAAUCUUGAGAAGAGAAAGCGGAAGAAAGUCCUUGUUCACCUGGGACUCCUGACCAAGGAAUCUGGAUUUAAGAUCGCAGAGACAGCGUUCAGUGGUGGCCCUCUUGGUGAAUUAGUUCAGUGGAGUGAUUUAAUUACAUCUCUGUACUUACUGGGCCAUGACAUUAGGAUUUCAGCUUCACUGGCUGAGCUCAAGGAAAUUAUGAAGAAGGUUGUAGGGAACCGGUCUGGCUGCCCAACUGUAGGAGACAGAAUCGUCGAGCUCAUUUAUAUUGAUAUUGUGGGACUUGCUCAGUUCAAGAAAACUCUGGGACCAUCUUGGGUUCAUUACCAGUGCAUGCUUCGAGUCCUGGAUUCAUUUGGUACUGAGCCAGAGUUUAAUCAUGCAAAUUAUGCUCAGUCCAAAGGCCACAAGACCCCCUGGGGAAAAUGGAAUCUGAACCCUCAGCAGUUUUAUACCAUGUUUCCUCACACCCCAGACAACAGCUUUCUGGGAUUUGUGGUCGAGCAGCACCUGAACUCCAGCGACAUCCAUCACAUUAACGAAAUCAAAAGGCAGAACCAGUCCCUCGUGUAUGGCAAAGUGGAUAGCUUCUGGAAGAAUAAGAAGAUCUAUCUGGAUAUCAUUCAUACAUACAUGGAAGUGCAUGCUACUGUUUAUGGUUCCAGCACGAAGAACAUCCCUAGCUAUGUAGAAAAUCAUGGUAUCCUCAGUGGACGGGAUCUACAGUUUCUUCUGCGAGAAACUAAGUUGUUUGUUGGACUCGGGUUUCCUUAUGAGGGCCCAGCUCCCCUGGAAGCUAUUGCAAAUGGGUGUGCUUUUCUGAAUCCCAAGUUCAACCCACCCAAGAGCAGCAAAAACACAGAUUUUUUCAUUGGCAAGCCAACCUUAAGAGAGCUGACAUCCCAGCAUCCUUACGCUGAAGUUUUCAUCGGCCGGCCACAUGUUUGGACUGUUGAUCUCAACAAUCAGGAGGAAGUAGAGGAUGCAGUGAAAGCAAUUUUAAAUCAGAAGAUUGAGCCAUACAUGCCGUAUGAAUUCACCUGCGAGGGGAUGCUACAGAGGAUCAACGCAUUCAUCGAGAAGCAGGACUUCUGCCACGGGCAAGUGAUGUGGCCUCCUCUGAGUGCCCUGCAGGUGAAGCUUGCAGAGCCCGGGCAGUCCUGCAAGCAGGUGUGCCAGGAGAGCCAGCUCAUCUGUGAGCCGUCCUUCUUCCAGCACCUCAACAAGGCCAAGGACCUGCUGAAGUACGAGGUGAUCUGCCAGAGCUCAGAGCGGGCCAAGGACAUCCUCGUGCCCUCCAUCGAGCCCCAGAGCAAGCACUGUGUGUUCCAAGGGGACCUCCUGCUCUUCAGCUGCGCAGGCGCCCACCCCAGGCACCAGAGGAUCUGCCCCUGCCGGGACUACAUCAAGGGCCAGGUGGCCCUCUGUAAAGACUGCCUAUAGCAGCCCGGCUCGGCCCAGCUCACACUGUGCUGGGGCAGACAGCAGCUCUGUCGGGCAGGGCCAGGGGGCAGACAUCAUUUGGGGACUCUGGCGAGAGCCCAAACUUUUUGGUAGGGGGUUUUGUUUGGUACUUCUCCCGCUGCAGGCAGCACAUCCCAGCGGAGUUGUCACCAAAACAAGAUGAGAGCAGAUGUCAGGCCAGGAGCCCGGCUUCUCCCCGGUACAGCAAGCAGCAUUUCUACUUUGUGUGGAGCAACUGCAGAGAGACUGUCAAUGCAGCUGCUCCGGGUGAAAAAGAGAGAGAGAAACGGAACGUCUCAAGAUUCAUGUAAAACGGAACAAGAGGAGGAGUUGAGCUAAUUGGACAGAACUUUGACUGCGAACAUUCCUAAACCCAUUAAUUUAUUUAUUUGGGAGGGGGGACUUGGGCGGGAGGAGAGGGAUCAGUCACAGGUCUCUUCCUCUGCUUCCCACGGUUAAUAGUUCACUUUCACAGUACUAUUCCAUGUGCUUCGGGUGGGGUGCAGGAGGGCUGAUGGCUUUCUGGAGGCAGCUGGCGGGCAUGGCUUCUAGCGGUGGCAGGGCAAAAAAAAAUGUUGCUCUGAAAACAGCCACAUUGUCCUGAGUAUUGUCGCAGAGCCUUGGCACGCGGCAGCUGGAAGAUAAGUGAGGCCUGGGAGGGUGCUUAGUACCCCUGCGCGCCAGGAGCCCAGCCAGAGACAAAAGACAGGGCUGUUUCCCUAUGUGUUCCCCGCCCCCCGCCAAACUUAGCCCUAAAUUCUGGUUGGAAUUCUUUAGGAAAGAAAUGCAAGGCUGUAGCAUUUCUGUUUGCUGGUUGGUGGUGAAUGUCCUCUCCCUCCCAGGCCCCUGUAAGGUGGAAGGUGUGGCACUCCGCUGCCUUUGGACUUGGAGGGCUGAUGCUGUAGUCCGCGAGGAGCUGAGAUGUGGACAAAAGUAAAUCAGUCUACAGCAUUAGUUAGUGGCCCAGCCAGAGCUGGGCCCCUGACAGAUGGGCUGUGAUGUCCCCCAAGUCAGGCAGUGGGGGUCUUGGUGAACGUGACGUCCGCAGGGGCAGAUGUGGAUGCUGUGUGGUCCUGGCUGCGCCCAAGAGGGAUGACGCUGGCUUUCCUCUAAGAGGGACGCGCAGACCUGUGGGGCUCAGUGCUCCGUGUCUCGGAGCCCGGCGCAAGUUGGGGAGCUUCCUGCGAAGCCCAAGGCUUCCGUGCCCAUGACAGCAAGCCCGCCUUCCUCCAGGCUGGAGCUGGGGCCCUGGCUGCCGGGUGGGGUGCCGCGGCUGCGCAGCACUGCGCCAGGCCUGCGCCAUGGGUCCCCAGCACUCUGGCUGUUGGGGGUGGGGAGCGGGUGUGCUGGGCAGAGCUAAUGACUAGGUAGUCCUGCGUCAGGAGCGAGGGAAGGAAAAUUCAGUUUUGUGAGGUCCAGCGAGGCUGGGAAGUUAGAUCCGCCUGGGUGCUUCUUGGUUUCUACCUAGUGCAUAAAUACUGUAAUAGCAAGCGCACGGCCUUGUAACCCCCGCCCCGGGUCCCUGCUCGUGAGUUUGAAUUGCACGUCCAUCCUAGAGAGUGGAGGGGGCUGGGGAGCAGCAGCCAGGGUGCCCCCCCCACCAUACUCCCUGAGUACAUCGGACAGGGGGACCUCUUCCCUGAACACUGACUGGGGUGGGGGUGUCUCAGGAUCCGGCUGCGAACAGCCUGUACCCAGACUCAGCAAGGGCGGAAGAACGGAGGAAAAGUGUGUGUGUUCCUUUCUUUCAACUUUGCCAGGGCAGUUUCUACCGUAGGAGGGCAGAGAACGGGCAGCCUCACUGUAAGGAAGGGCUUUUCCCCUGCGAGCCGGCCUCUUGUCUGCGCCCCUAUUCUGCCUUUGAGUUCCCAGACCCGCAAUUCCUGGCCAGCUCCGCCCCCUGCUGGUCUCUUUCUCUUAACUUCACAAGCUGCCGAUGCACACAUUUGACCAGCAGGGGGAGGACUCGAGCCAAGACUUGAUUCCCCAGGUGCUGCCUGUUAACCCAUUGUUUAAACAAGCACAGGAAUUGAGGAAGCGGGGAAACCCGGUAUUGUUAGCCCUGCCUGCGGAAGCUGAAACUGCAUGGAUCGUUCGCUGGCUGCUGCCGAGCUUAGGGCCUCUGCGCCUUCCUGUUCCUCCAAGUCAAGACCCCAAGGUCAGGCAGCUCGGAAGAGCACUUUCUCCCAUUGACUAAUUCCUCUUCCUUCCCCCUGCCUUAGCUGUAAGUGAACAAGAGACCUGCUGCGGAGGCCACACCAGCCCAUGCUUCCGCUGUCAAAGGCAUUAUCAGUAGAAGUGGUGGAUGUGCACCAGCUCCCAGGCUUGCUCGGGCCCUGGCCAGGUUUGGUCAGGGACCCUCCAUAGGGAAGAGGGGAGAAGGAUCCCACCUUCCCCGAGUGGAAAAAAGAGGAAGGUGCCUCGCCAGUGUGGGCCGGAAGCCUGCAGCAGUUUUGCUAUUUCUGAUUUUUAUAGAAACCUAAGUCAAUUUGUAUUUGAUGACUAUUCCACAGGGAGAGAAAUCCGAACUAGGAUCACUGUUUUCCUAUGCUAUAAUCACAGCCUACCUUGUCCUUUGGAUUAUCUUUCCUAUUGUGAUCUUCAUCUUGAGGGGAAAAAAUUUUAUCUAAUUUAUUAAGAAAGAGAAAGCUUUCCUUUGUGAGGUAAGUACUUUCAUGGAGUGGAAACUCCUGAAAGGGCAAGCCCUUCUUUGAAUGCCAGUAAACAACCUCAUUGAUUUCAUGUAUGCAAUCUGAUUUGCACAUGUACAAAUUGGGAUGCUCUGCGUUUUUGCUUUUUGUUUUUGUCACUGCUUAUCACGGUUCGCUUUCAGUGUUUGCUGUGUGUUCGGAAAUAGUCGAGUCUGUUUCUUUGGUGGUAUUUAUUUUCCUGAUGUGCCUUUUCACUUUGCUUUGGGAGUGGUUUCUGGAAGCUGGGUGCUGUUGCAGGGUGAUAGUAGGCUGCUCCUGCCGGACAGGUACUCGGGUGAGGGCAGAUGUUCAGGCCCCAAGACCGCCGCACUGGUGUGCACACAUUCACUCCCGGAGGAGGACUCCAAGCCAUGAGGAUGCCAAGGAAAGGGCUGGUAUCCUCCAGGGGGGCCGUCCCUUUGGGUCUGUCCUGGGGUUGCUGGCUGCCAUGACGCUGACUGAGCUCCCUGCCGCCCGCACUGGCUGAGGCGCAGCAAAGGCAGAAGGUCAGCCCCACGCCAGGAGCUGCACUGAAGUUUCCAAGGAAUGGCCAGAAAUACUCCAACUGGUUAACAGCAUGAAGGAGAAAGGACCUGGGCCCUCUCUUUUUGAGUUUGCUGGAUAAGUGCAGGGCUUAGUAAACAUAACCAGCUUCCCCCUUGGUAGUGGCACCACACUACCAAGGGACCAUGACGGUGGGCCGGGUUGGACUAGAGAAAUGAGUGUGUAUAACGAGUGUGCGCUUUUCAGACCAGACCAAGGUGGAUUACCUAGAUUGUGUACAGAAUUAGACACUGCUUCCCUCUCCCGGGCCCAUAGAUUCUUGAUUUUUUUUUUUUUUUAAAGUCUAUUUUGUUAACGACGGGCUCAGUUGUGUCCCUAGCCCAAGCCUGGAUUGUUUUAUUUAUUUGAAAAUGUUUUAAUUUCCAUAUUGGCUUUAUUCUAAUCUCAUCUAUCCCUGUAGGGCCACAAAGCAUCUUCAUGUGACUAGAUGGGUGGAUUUAAGUAGAUUAAUACUCAUUUAGGAACCGGCAAUUUUGUAAAGCUGAGCAUAAGUUCCUUUUCAUUCCUGUUGGCUUCACCAAGUGGAACAUCAAGUUUUCACCUAUAGCAAAAGACCAAACUAGCUGUAUAGUCCUGGAUACUGGAAAAGAAAUUACCCUAGCUUUCCUAGCACUUAACGAUUUUGUGAGGAGUCCGUGUUUAGUACAGUGCCUGGCGCAUAGUAAGCCCUAGUAAACGUUAAAUAUUGUUAUUAUUAGCAUUUCAUAAAACCUGAGAAAUACAGAGCUGAGCUGAGCUCAUUCCCUGUUACUCAGAAGUAAUACCUACAUGGAAAUAGUAUCCCAAGUUGAUGAAUGUUGUAGGAAUUACUGGUUUAGAGUGUUCAAGUUCGGCAUCUAGCCUGCUAGUUGAAAUUUCACUGUAUUCCUGGAUGCACUGAGUCAUUUGAAAAUGGGCCGACUUCGGCCCCCAAUGAAACAAGGCUGCAAGUAUUUGCUAACUGGAGAUGAAAAGUGUAAAGGUGAUGUUUGGCCACUCACUGAACCUUACCCCGUGAUAUCUUCUGGAACAUUCCAGGGCUUUGGUUUGAUGAACUUUUUAAGCUUGAAAUUAAAAGUCCUUUGACAGACUGCACCCCGAGAAUUAAAGUUAACUGUAUUCUUUUGCUGUGCGAUCACAGAGGGUUUUCUGUGUUCCUUAAGAGAGGAGGAAGGACCGCUUGAAUUUAAACAUUCCCUUAGGAAAUUCCUUUACUGCCCCCUGCUGGCCAGAGUGGGCUUUUACAGGCUGGUUACCUCUCCUAGUCUAUCAUCUAAAGGUUAGUUACAAAAACCUCUGGGAGGGUGAGGCAGGAAUUUAGCAAUAUCCUGUCAAAAUAAAAUGGUCUAGGGAGGUAGCUCAGCACAAAGGUCUGGGCACAAUCCCCAGUACAAAAAAAAAAAAAAUUUCCAUUUCUUGGUCCCACCUCCCUAGGAGAACCAAUCAAGGCCCCCAGACAGGGAUUUGGGCCUCUUUCAGAACAGCUCCCAGAGAAUGCUUGUGGGCCUGUGCUUUCACAAAUCACUUAAAUAUCAGUCUGCUGUCUGUCCUACUGGGAUUCAGCCUCCCAUACUUUGCUAGUGGAUUUAAAGUUUUAUCCCCUGCCCCAGGCUGGCACAGCUCUGGCCAGAUGGUGGUUGUGGGCCAUGGGGAGCUUUUGGAGUCCGGUGUCUUUUUCAGAUUCCUUUGGUUUCUCUUCAGCUGAUCAGCAGUCUUAGAAUGCUAUGGAUGUAAUGAUCAGAAUUCACCUUCAGACCCUCACUCUGUGCUCCAGAUUUUGUGCUGCCUUGAGGCUGCCCCCCAACCCUGACCCACAGUGGGGAAGUCCAUGCUUGUCCGGUGGUCAGGAACAGUGUCUGUGAAGCGGGCAGGGCAGCGGGCACACAGAGCAUGGGGGUGACCGGGGGCAGCAGGUCAGGGUCUCGGGAUGGCCCCGUCACAUCCCCCGGCGCUGAGAUGGAGCAGAUGCAGCACAUCCUGCUCACUGACCUGCCAGGGUGUUCACGAGACGAUAGAGGAACAGUUGAUGCCAAAGGAGGUGGUGAUGUCCCUUCUGCUGGAACUGCCGUUACGGUCUUGACGUUGUUAAUAGCCUUCUGUGUCUGUGUCUUCAAAACAAAUCCUGGUACAGCCGUUUUCUACUGUUUACGUCUGGGGUUCGGUCCUGCGGGAUUCUGCCAAUAAGGUGUCGCUGUCCACAUGUACUGUACUGGCAUAGAGAGCACUGCUUUGUUUUCCACUGUUGUAGAGAAAACUAGGGAGAACUUUAUUUUUCAAUAAACUUUUCUGUGUGACAGGCGGAA